UCAUAUAGCUUACACAGAACAAGGCAGGCGUUUUUGCCACACACUGUAACUUACCUAGAACGGACGACAGACCUGUGAAGAUGAAGACCGUCGCGACCAGCCUGGUGCUCUGCGCUGCCCUCCUGGCCGGCGCCGCGUCGAGCUACCCCUUCGAGAGGAAGGCGGCCUCGGGGAAGGAUCAGAGCGGGAGGUUCGCCUCCUGGGACGACGUGAACGUCAUCGCCCACGGGCUCCUGCAGCUGGGUCACGGCCUGAAGGAGCACGUGGACAAGACAAAGGGCCAGAUGAGGGACAUCGCCGCCAAGCUCAAGGCCUUCAACGGCACGGUGGGCGACCUGGGCCGGCAGACGCAGCGACUGCAGGAGGACGGCGAGGCGCUGAGGGCCAAAGCCCGGGCGCUGGAGGAGCGGGAGAACCAGGUGCUCAACAUCUCCACCGAGCUCUGGGAGAAGGCGCAGCGGCUGCAGCAGGACCGGCAGCGGGUCCAGGAGAGGAUGGGCUCGCUGGAGGAGAAGGUGGACGGCUUGAUGAAGGGACAGCGGCUGGACGCCGUCAACAACAGCGAUGCCCACGUCAUCCAAUGGAUGCUGGAGGCACAGAACCGACGAAUCGACGACCUGGUGGAGAGAAUCCGUCAACAGCAAGACAAACUGGAGAAGCAGAACGUGCGCAUUCGCACGCUUCAGAAUCAAAUUAAACAGAGGAAAGACAGGGGAUCGAUGAGACGGAAAGUGGACGAAGUGGCUUUCAAUGGCAGCUCUGAACAGGGCGAUGCACCCAUUGGCUUUCCCUCAGACUGUCACCAGUUGUUCCUGCAAGGCGACCGUCCCAGUGGAGUGUACACCAUCCAGCCACUCAACAGCCAGCCCAUUGAAGUCUUCUGUGAAAUCACGUCAGACCGUGGAUGGACAGUCAUUCAGAGACGCUUCGACGGCUCGCUGGAUUUCGACGAGUUGUGGCAGGCCUACCGAAACGGCUUCGGCGACCUCAAAGGCGAGUUCUGGCUGGGUCUGGAGAGCAUUCACAUUCUGUCGAAACAAGCCGACCUCGUCCUGCAAGUGGAGUUCUCCGAUUGGAAAGGCGAGGCCCGCACCAUCAAGUUCCCGUUCCGUCUGAGUGGAGAAGAGAACAACUACGCUCUGAACCUCCGGGAAGACUCCUCUGGGAACGUGGAGAACGCCCUCACCUCCGACAUUCCCUUCUCCACCCGAGACCGGGACAAUGACCAGAAGUCCGACAUGAACUGCGCCAAGCACCUCACCGGUGGCUGGUGGUUUAGCAACUGUGGGCAGUCCAACCUGAAUGGCAGGUACUUCAGCAGCCCCCCGCCCAGGCAAAGGCACCAGAGGAAGCAGGGCGUGUUCUGGAAGACCUGGAGGGGGCGCUAUUACCCCCUGAAGACCACCAUCAUGAAGAUCGGCCCAUCCGAGGUCGAUUAUAAAUAGAGGGGAGGCGGAUGCGGUUGUCUUGAAUGUGUUCUCUUAAAAAAAAAAAAACACUGACAGAAAGUAGGUGGGCAAAGAGGAAGUUGCACCCCUAAGACUGACCUGUGUCGUGUCCUGGUCCUGGUCCUGGCCCUGGCCCUGGCCCUAAUCUGGGGCCAAAGCAGACCCAAGCCGUUAAGAUGUUUUCAGAUGGCUGCCAAACGGAAGAGACUCACGGCAAGUCAUUCUGUGCAAGGCACGGUGGACACUCAAUUUAACGCCGAGACCAAACUGUACAUUUUCAAACAUAGCCCAACAAAUCUGCGGGACCAAAGUACUAUAUUAUUCCAAGCUUUGAGAACGGGAUGUGUGUAGGUGGAAGGAAUGAAUUGUGCAUAUAACAUGGGGGAAAAAAAAAUGCAUGGCUAGGGGAAACUGUUUAGAAGUCUUUUCCCAGAGAUGUUGUUUCUGUAUGUUCUCCCAGAAUGCAUCUUGAGCACUAAGCAAACCAGAAUGCCGUUUCCCAGCACACCUCGUUCACAGCUUUUUAAAUCUAACCAUAAAAACAUGUUAAGACUCACCUGAGAGGGUGGUUCUGGUAAGUUAUCACAUGGCAUGAGACGGUCAUGGAUAACAGCCCACCUCACCCCCUCCAUGACUGAAUAAAACAAAGUGUGCACAAGAACAGCUGGAUACCGCAAGAACAGGUUUUAUCUGGGAAACCAAAAAAAAAAAAAAAAAGUACAUAUAUCUAAGGAGGUGCUUUUAAGAAUGUACUGUUAUUUAUGUGCUGGGGUGAGUGAUGUUGAAAGACUUCAGAGCACACCACAUAGUCAGCUAUUAAGGUAAUUACGUACAUGUGUAUCCAUUCCAGCCAUUGAAACGGGGGUCACUGAGGGCUCUGAUGUACCUGUACACUUGAUCGUAGAUCUAAGGGAGCCCCUGCUUUGCUGCCUGCCACAUGCAGGCUCUCUCACAUCUCAGUCAUAUUGACUGGUCCUAACGGCUAACGGACAGCCUCCGACUGUACGCUAGGCUAAUGUGUUGUCCAGCUUCUGUACAGAGCCUCGAAAUAUUGUUUCUGUUUUCAGAUUUUACUUUACUGUAGCAGAGCUAGCAAGCAAUGUUUUCUGUGUCGAAAGUUCUUGUUCAUAUUUCUAAUUUAAAUGCUGUAAAAAGUGUACAUUUCUGAGUUUCAUUUCUGUUUUUUUAAGUUAAUAUUGACUUUUUCAUGUUUUUAAGUUUCAAAUGUAUGUUUCAAACAAAGGGCUAAGAGAUGGAUGGUUUUGAUUGCAUCAAUAAACUGAAUAUGGAAACUUACAA